AUGCCAUAUCGAUCAGAAUUAAAACGACCUGAUUUGAAAGGUACAUUUCCAUGUUCAGUCUGUGGAAAGGUGUUCUGUCACUCAUCAUCUUUGAGUCGACAUCGUAUGCAAGCUCAUUUCAAAAGCUAUACAUGCACACAAUGCAAUCAAGAAAUUUCAACAAGGUAUAAACGUUUCAUUAAUUAUGCAAAUAAAACAGGCUGUUCGGGAAAUGAGACGUUACGGUCCCACAUGUUCCGUAUUCAUUCUAUAUCCCGAAUGUUCAUGUGUCGAUGCUGUAACUGGGCAUAUCCUGACAAAACAAGUUUGCACAUACAUAUGCAAAGUAUGCUGCGGAAUGGCACGCCAGGUGAUGUUUCUGUCCUUGCUAGAAGUUCAAGUGAUGGUCCUGGAAUGGCUGGAGUCGUAGGAGAAAUGUCACCUGGAGAAUUAGAAGGAAGUCCAUCUGUUAGUCCUCCAGAGGCUUGUGGAAAUGAAUCUCCACCAUCUGAACAAACAAAUAUCAAAAAUUCAUUAUUUAGUAAUAGUUUAUUGAACGGAUCCAUUUUCCCAGCGCUCAACAGCACUGACAAUUUGUUCCGCUUUGCAACCAAGCCAGAUAACUUACUGUCACAAAUAAGCACUGACAUGACUAGUCAGAACAACUGGCUAACAGCUUGGCUGGCGAAUAGUGCUUUUUCUUCGGCGCCGUUCAGUUCUAAUAAUUUGUUGACCGUCUCAGGUAAUGCAGAAAGCCUAAGCUUGCGGAAGGAGGGAACAAAAGCAACAAAUGGAACAAAUGUCAAAGAAGAAAUGAAAGAAGAUGAACGGUCUGCUAAUGAAACUGAUAUCAGUACUGUUAAAAGUUCUAGCUCCCUUGCAUCCCCUAGCAAAACAUCAAAUUCGACAUUUCCACAGGAUUGCAAGCGAAUGAUAAAUGGAAGCUCACUGGAUGAUUUGCUAGAAAAAAAGGGUUUAAGUGUUACUCGAAACCAUCGUAAUAAACGAAAAGCAAGCAAUCCUCAGCAAUUACGAGCAUCGUCAACUUUUGUUACCGCAGAUGAUGAAGAUGAUGAAGGGUUUGUUCCACUUCCACGAAAGCAGACCGUGAUAGAUGUAAGUAUCAAAACUGAAGACACUGGACGUUUCUUGGAUAGUAGUGGUCAAACGGCUACUACAACAACAGCGAAUACAACUUUAGAAAAUAAAAAAAUUCAGAAUGGUUCCGCACUAGUGGACGCUUCAACCAGCCCAAUGAAGAAGUGUGACUGCGCGGCAAUAACGUCUAAAGGAAUUAGUAUGACAGAAGUAAGAAACAGAUGCCAUGAAAAGAAAAAUCUCACUUGUGAAAGUAAAGGUGAUCGUCUAGACGGUGAGCUGUCUAGUUUAGAGGUAGCACUUCGACAAUUCCAACAUGAGAAAGAAGAACUUAAACAUCAAAUCGAAAUAUUUGAGGAAAUUUUAGUUGGCUACCAGCAAAGUGCAUUAACAGCCUUGGCACUUCUACAAAGUGGUGGUUCAGAUGCUAUCCCAGCAAUAAAGAAAUUGAUGGAGAAUUUGCUGCAAUAA